UAAAAUCUGUAUGUCUUCAGUUUAAACUGUAAGAAACUCCGUAAAGGGAUAAUUUUCCAAAGACUGCCAUUGUAUCACUCUGCAAAACUACACAUAGAAUCAGUGUUUCCUGUGGGAAAGUUUUGUUUUCUUACCCUUCACAAAGUCUGUCACAGUGCCCCCUGCUGGGGCCAUGCCCCAUCUGCUGAACAAUGAUACUUCCUUCAGCUCCAAGCAAGAGCUUCUGGUCCUACAUGACAGUCCAUUGGGACCCAGCCUGGACACAUCCAGCCCAGUGGAGUCCCAGGGCUCUGGUCCAAAUAGCCUAUCUGGAGAUGCCCACACUGUGCUCCACAAGAGAGGCAAACUGGGGCUUGACCACACAGAGCCACCCACUGGGCUGAAGUUUGUCCCGACAGACUCAGAGAAUCUUUGUGGAUGGGGAGCACUGACCCCACGAUGUAUCCAGACCUUCAACACCCCACACUGGGUUCUCUUCUUCCUCUGUGUGGCCUCCUUCCUCCAAGGCAUGAUAAUCAACGGCUUUAUCAACACCGUCAUCACCUCCAUUGAGAGACGUUUUGACCUGCGCAGCUACCAGGCGGGACUCAUUGCGAGCUCCUAUGACAUUGCUGCCUGUGUGUGCCUGACAUUCGUGAGCUACUUUGGUGGUACUGGUCAUAAGCCUCGAUGGCUGGGCUGGGGUGUGCUCAUCAUGGCACUGGGCUCUCUGGUCUUUGCCCUGCCCCAUUUCACCACACCACCCUAUCAGGUGAGAGUACCGGAGCGCAUGGGACUGUGCUUGGCCAAUCACACCGAAACGUGUGUCGGCGAGGAAGGUGGGCUCUCGGCUUACCGCUUCGUCUUUAUGCUGGGACAGUUUCUGCAUGGGAUCGGGGCAACCCCUUUGUACACCCUCGGGGUCACCUACCUAGAUGAGAAUGUCAAGUCAAACUACGCACCUGUAUAUAUAGGGAUCUUCUACACAGCUGCCAUUGUAGGACCUGCGGCUGGAUACUUGCUGGGUGGAUUCUUUCUCAAUAUUUACACAGAAAUCGACCAAACGACAGAGCUGACUCCUGAAAACCCACUGUGGGUGGGAGCUUGGUGGAUUGGUUUCCUGGCAGGAGGAGCGGCAGCUCUGGUUAUCGCUCUGCCUAUAUUGGGUUACCCACGGCAGCUACCAGGUUCUCAGCGGUAUGUAGCCAUGCGGGUCUCAGAAGCCCACCAGCUGAAGGACGGCAGUCAGGUCACUGCAUCUGAUCCUCAGUUUGGCAAAACAGUAAAGGACAUGCCCAGGUCAAUGCUGCUGCUUUUGAAGAACCCUACCUUCAUCUUUCUGUGUCUCGCUGGGGCCACGGAGGCCACACUCAUAGCCGGGAUGUCCACGUUUGGCCCCAAAUUUCUGGAGUCUCAGUUUAGUCUGAGUGCUUCAGAGGCAGCAACCUGGUUCGGGUAUAUGGUGGUACCAGCUGGUGGAGGAGGCACCUUCUUGGGUGGUUUCAUUGUAAAAAAGUUGAACCUUCGCUGCCGCGGGAUCAUCCGUUUCUGCAUGCUGUGUGCAGUGGUCAGCCUCAUGGCUAUCUUCAUCUUUUUGGUACACUGUCCUAAUGUGCCCAUGGCAGGAGUAACCGCCCCAUACUACAACUUUACACACAACCACUACAGCGCCCCCUACCUGCAGACAGAGAUCCAUAACAACAGCCUCUCAGAUCUGGGCAACUUGACCGUAAGCUGUAACAUUGGCUGUCACUGUGUUAAGGAGUUGUUUAACCCUGUGUGUGGUGCGGAUGGAGUGAUGUAUUUCUCUCCCUGCCAUGCCGGCUGCAGCUCCCUCAACCACACAUACAGCCCCAGAGGCAGACAGGUGUUCUCUGGCUGCAGCUGUGUGGUAGGGAAUAUAUCAUGGGGAGAACAAGGUUUUGCUGAAAAAGGGAGGUGUGUGUCGUCCUGCAAUCACAUGCCAGCCUUCCUCACCUUCCUCUUCAUCAUCAUCUUCUUCACUUUCCUCUGCAGCAUCCCUGCACUUACUGCCACACUCAGGUGUGUUCCUGACAGUCAGAGAUCGUUUGGACUUGGAAUACAGUGGAUCGUAGUAAGGACUCUCGGUGGGAUCCCAGGCCCUAUAGCGUUCGGCUCAGUGAUUGACAUCUCCUGCCUGCUGUGGGAGGAGCAGUGUGGGGAAUACGGCUCCUGUUACCUGUACCACAACUCAGCCAUGAGCCAGUACUCACUCAUCGCAGGCAUCAUCUACAAGGUUUUAGGCACUAUUUUCUUUUUGCUGGCUGCCAUGCUCUACAAGCCGCCUCCCGAGUCUCCUCAGAGCAGCUGUGAGAGCACAGAUGUGGGAGGGGGGGAGGCCAGAGACCUGCCAAUCAAAGACCUCCCCGCUGAGAUCAUCUCCAACCAACACGCCGAAUUAUGACCUCUAUCUACAAAAACACCUCAAUGUGUGCAUGUACGCGUCUGUGUGUGUGUGUGUGUAUAAGGUCAACACCAUCACUGUUCACUGUGCCCUGUCCCGCUGACUGUACAUCGUUCCCACAUGUGAUAUAUUCUCAGUGGCCCACCAAUCUGAAACGACCCAGACAUGAGGACUGAAAGCAUUUGUCACAAUAAAUGACCAAAGGUCAAAGUUGAAAUCAGAGCAUAUAUAUUACAUAAAAAGAACCUACCAAAAGCCAACAUAAUCUUAAUUUGACAAGAAAUUAUUUCUGGGCAUAAACUGAUAUUUAUAUAAUUUCAAUGUAAAAUUUGAGCAUUUUUGUAAGGAAAAAGCCAUAGAUGAUACAGAAAUAGAGCACUUAAUAUGAAUGUAACGGAAAGAGAGUAAUAUAACUGUGCAGAACAAAGUGUUAAGCUGUUAUAAAAUAUUAAAAAUAGUGGAUUCAAAUGCUGCUCAGUUAUACAUAAAAAACAGACAAUUAAUUACAAACUGUGCCUUUAAAGAGUUUUGCAUUAGCCAGCACAGUUAGAAAGAAAUAUUACAGAAAAAAGACGAUAUCCAUUGAAAUGUUCAACUCAUAAACCCUUAAAUCUCUUCAAAAUGCACUUUAAACUCACUUCACUGAUGGAAAUAUACAUCUGAACCAUGUACUGUAGUGAACUAUGUGCCAUAAAACCAAGUUUCGUCCUACAAUGCAACUUUACACAGUUCUAGUCCACAUUCUGAUACCAUCUAAAGCAAGUAUGACUUGUGAUUCUUGUAUUUGAUUUUCAUAAAUUCUGAAUAUUUGUAACAUUUUAAAAUGUGCUAAAAUACUGUAGCUCAGGACUGAGCAGGACAGAGAGGCUUCAAGGUGUGAUGUCACAAAGAGAUGCAAGUGAGAGAUGAAAAGGAAGCAGGUUUUCAAAAUGAACUUUUUGCAACUGUAUAUUACCCAACAACACCCAUGAUGGGAUAUUCCUGAAAAGCACUUCACUUUGAGAUUACACUGAAAAUUAUUCUUGCACUGAUUUUCAGCUACAUUCAGAAUGGUAUAUUGUAAAACAUAAAAAGACACUUUCUCUGUUGCUCAUAAAAUAAGCAUGCAGCAUUUUUUUUUUUUUGUAUGUAGCAGGAUUUUUUUUUUUCCCUUCCUUUUUUCUUUUUGGAACAUAAAACUACCCCAAGCUGCUUAAAUCCAAAUAUAAGACAAAUAUAACAAAUAUCUGCCACAUAAACCUACUUUACUUAUAUUAAGUGCAACUAAAACAUCUCACCAAUGAUACUUUAUGUAGAGGUUUUUAUUUAUUAUUAAAUGCAUUUGUUAGGAUUAAUUUUCUAAUGUUGUAUCAGAAAUCUGAGGUCUCUUAUUAUUAUUAUGUUUUUCUUUCUCUGAUGUGAUGGAUUUUGAUGGAUUACAUCAACUCUGAUGACAAACCCUGAAUGACAAUGAUGCACUCGAAAAUUGAAGAUUUGCACAAUGAAACUGAACAUGCAACAACAAAGAGUAACAUGAUGUUUGUAUUUGAGUUUGUGUUGGUUCAUGUGUAUUUUUUACUCCAAUGACUAAAAGAAAUGUGUCUUGUGUCACAAAAAGAGUUUGUGAGUGGGCCUGUUAUUGUCUUUAU